AUUUAUUUAGAAAUAGAAUUUAGAAAUGGUGAUUUAUAUUUUAAAAUGCUAAAUGAAAGAAUUCAGUUUAAGUUAUGGGAAAGUUGUUAAAUAAACGAAGUCAUGUUAAGAAAUGCACUCACCAUAAAUGAAAACGUUUAGUGUGAAAUAAAUUGCAGGAAUUAUUAGUUAAUACGGAUUAGAUGAAAAUGCUAUGUAAACAGGAUUUUAACUUGUAAGCUGGGUUCAUGUAAUGUCGUCAGUCCACUGUGUAGUGGUAUGGGAGUGGCAGCAUGAUGGCCAGUGGCUGCCUCAUUCGCCUGGUGUUGCGAGGACGCUGGAAAGAGCCCAUGCCAAGAAACUAACCAGGGUUGUCCUGGCAGAUGCUGAACCGGCUCUUAAGGGGCACUAUGUCAAUUUACGCACUUUGACACAGUGUUCAGAGACACAAAGUAUAUCAGAAUGUCGCGUACGACGAUCUUGCUACAGUGUGAGUUCUCCCGGUGGCCGUGGCUUGCGCUGGGAGUGGGCGCGACUGGCAGAUCCUCCCAGAGCUGCUGAACUCAGAUAUGAUCCUCUGCCAAUGGAGAUACAAUGUCGUCUAGAAGAGGCUUGGGAGCGGAGAAUCGAAGCUGUAUCAUUUGACGGUUGGGUGGUGUCACUGUCCAGUAUGACUGCCCAACGUCAUAUUACAGGUUUGCCUGGGGUGCUGAGGCUUCUACGUAGGGCUGCGCAUCCGCCCUACCCUCUCACUCGCUCUACACCUCCUCCGCCGGCCCCACCUGAAAGGGCAUCUUUUGAUGUUCGUCGACCGCGUAUACCCCAGCAGCACACGGGGUCCAGUGUCCAAUCGGUUCAAUCGGUACAGUCUGCGGUGUCAGUGCAGUCGGUGAAGUCCGCCCCCUGCGCGGGCGUCAGUCGGGAGGUGCGGGGAGGGGCCCGCAGUGCUUCGCCCCGAGACAGGAAGCCGGGGCUCGCUCGCCAAAUUCUGCACAACCUCAAUAUUUUCAGCAAUAAUAACAAAGGCAAUGUCGAAACGAAGGAGAAAGAGAGAGAAGAGACGGACUGCGGCAGCAGCAGAUCGGGUCGUCGGCACAGCGUCGACACCGUGUCCACAUACCUCAGCCACGAGAGCAAGGAGAGCCUGCAGCAAGCGUCGGUCGGCGAGCUGCUGAACUGCAGCAUGGGCAGCGACGACGUGUUCGAGACUCCUGGCCCCGUCACCGAUUCGCACGCUCCGAAUAACAAGACAGGUCCGGAGCCGUUGUUGGAGAAGCCCAGCUGCGUGGGCGUGAGCGAAGAGGAGUGGGCCGUGUGGCGCAGCGUGGUGCCCGUGAGGGGCGGGGGUGCGAGGCGAGGUGCAGGGGCGUGGUGCCCGGCCUGCGCGUUGCCCCUGGACGAGCGAGGGGAGCUCCGGGACGUCGUGGCGCUGGUGCACUGCGGCCACGAGAUGCAUCUCCGCUGUCUGCGCAUUCACAAGCGGAAGAUACGGGAGACCGAGGGUGCGACCUACAUCGAGUGCCUCGUAUGCGGGCAGCAAUACGGUCGCAAUGGAGAUAGAGAUAGAGAAAGAGAGGCAAGGGAGAGUGGAGGCGAGCAGCCGUGCGGCUCCAUGGCCUGGAGGCGGCAGCCUGACUCCCUCCCCGGGCACCCGUCUCACGCCGGUUCCAUACUUGUGACUUACAAUUUCCAGUCGGGUCGUCAAGGGGCGGGGCACCCGGCCCCCGGCGCCCCCUACUACGCCGUGGGGUUCCCCAGACACACCCUCCUGCCCGACUCCCCCGUCGGCCGGCAGGUGCUGGCCGGUCUGCAGUGCGCCUGGGAGCGGCGCAUCCUGUUCACGGUGUCCGCGUCUCGCACGACUGGUCGCGAACACGUAGUCUCUUGGCGGAUCCCCGCCCCUCCUUCUGCGCCCCACCAUUACGGCCCCCCUUUGCACGACAAGGUCCUCCUGGACACCUUGCACUAUCUGACUUCUCUGCUUCGAGAUUGUGGCUCUUAGCGUUCACCACGGUUGUGCAUUUGUGGGUCAUCGAAGGUGUCACUCUCCAGUACAAACAAAACUUGUCUAUAUUCGUAUAUUAUUUACUAUAUUUAUUUACACAUAAAGGAAUAUUUAACAUUUUUUAAAUAAUAUAAAUACCUUUUAAAGUAGAAUUUGGGUAAUACGAGUCUUCCAGUUGAGGCAUUCCAUUAAAGCCAUUUAAUAUAAGGUUUAUGAAACACACGCGACUGCCGUCUAGAGUAGUUAUUAAAUAGUAUUGAAAACAUUUAUAUGCCGAGGUCCAAUUUAACUGGUGUUUUAUUUACACCUGCAAUUAUUUUACAUCGUUAGAGUAUACAAUUUUAAUUAAGAUCAAUAAAUUAUACUGUUAUAAGUUUGAGAAGCUUUUUUAAAUAAAUAGAUUACGUAGACUGUUUGACAAAGCGUUCUAUUUAAAGUUUAAGAGAGUAAGAAUUGUGUAGCGAGGGUUGGCAUCUUUACUCUCUUCUCUCCCGAAAUAGUAAUAUUGAAUAAGAAAGCGAAGAGAUUAUUUGUAAGAGUUAGAGUUAUACAAGAGAGAAGAACCUCAUUCUUGCCAGUUUGUGCCUUUAUUAAUGUCAGCGAUAGGUUGUAUUUUUUAUUAAAAUUUUAUUAAUUAUUUUAAGAUUCUAGCAGAGCUCCUUGACUUAGUCUUCCAGAUAAACUUUAAUUUUUUAUUUAGAAAUAAUCGAACAAAUAUGUUUAUUUAAAUUGUUUAUCUAAUAAUAUUAAAAAAUAUAUGGUACAACUUUAUGAG